GUUUUGUGAAUAACCACUAAAAACAAAUAUGGCUGCCACCAUGGGCAGCAUGCGACGGAACUUGAAAGACUUUUCUACCCUUCUGGAAAGGCCCGAAAUAUUUCUCAGCACCCAGCCAUCUUUAUGCAAGAAGUUAAGGACUGCCACCAAAGCUGUGUAUGACUUUGCAAAGAACCAGGAAUCUGAUUGUACUUCUGACAAAGGAGUACUUCCUCGACUAAUUGUGAAAGACUUCGACGAGGAACAGAUCUGGCAGGAAAUAGAAUUACAGAACACGCACAGUGUGAAGAAGCUGCUUGUUGCUGUGUCUGAAGUUCUUGUCAAGAAAAACAUUAGUUUUAAAGGUGGGGCCUUACCUUCACCUAAGAGGGGGAAAGAGAAAAAGGUUGAGUUGACGGAGGAGGAUGAAGCUAGCAGCGAUGAUGCAGAUGAUGAGCUGCUGCAACGGAUCAAGACGCGACUACGAGGGGGGAGAAGAUGGGGGCGACUCGGAGGAUGUUGAUGACUUUGAUGUGGGGUCAAGUGACCUUGAGAUGGGGGAGGAUGAGAUGAUGGACGAUGAUGAUGAUGAGGAGGAGGACAUUCAAGAUGACAACAGACAGAAGAAAGCAAAGAAGUUAAAAUACAAGAGUGUGGUGGAUGACACAUUUUUCAAAUUGUCUGAAAUGGAGGCAUUUUUAGUGCAGGAAGAUGCUAGGGAAGAGAAACGUCGUCGAUUGGAAUCUGGGGGUAAUGACGGCGAUGAGAGUGACGAUGACGAAGAUGAAGAAGAUGAUAUUGACAUGUUUGCUGAAAUCCCUACGUCAGACGAGGAGGAUGGGGGAGGAGAGCUGAGGUAUGAAGAUUUCUUCGACCCUCCUGAUGAAGAACCAGAGAAAAAAGAGAAAAAGAAAAAAGUGAAAUUCGUAAAUGAAGAGAAAGAAAGUGAAGAAGACAACAUGUCUGAGGAAAUGGAAUCCGACCGGGAGGAAGCCGCCAAUAACAAGGUCAAGGACUCUACUAAAGCAGAGUUUCUGUCUACCUUUGAAAAGAGGCAGGAGAAGUUGAAGAAACGCAUCGAGCAUCUAGAAAAGGCAAGUCUGGCAGACAAGACAUGGCAGUUGUCAGGGGAGGUAGCCGGACCAGCCAGGCCUGAAAACAGCCUGCUGGAAGAGCAUUUGCAGUUUGAUGUCACGACACGGGCAGCCCCUGUAGUGACAGAAGAGACAACCAAAUCAAUUGAGGACAUCGUACGUCAGAGGAUUAAGGACAAGGCCUGGGAUGAUGUGGAGAGGAAGGUGAAGCCUAAAGGGGAUGUGUUCGAGUACAAGAAGAGGAUUGUCUUGGACCAGGAGAAGAGCAAGCAGAGUCUUGGCGACGUGUAUGAACAGGAAUUCCUCAAACAGCAAAAGGAGGAGAAAGAAGAAAGAGAGGAAGAAGAUCCUAAGCAUGAAAAUAUUCGCAAGUCCAUGAGAUCUUUGUUCCUCAAGCUUGAUGCACUGUCCAACUUCCAUUACACACCAAAAGAGGCUCAGCCAGAGCUGAAGAUUGUGUCCAACAUGCCGACAAUAGCAAUGGAGGAGGUGGCACCUGUUAGUAUCAGUGACCAGAAGUUGCUGGCGCCAGAAGAAGUAAAGGAGAAGGCCAAGCGAGAUCUGAAAGGUGAGACGGAGAGGACAACGGAGGACAAGAAGAGGGACCACCGGGCGAAGAAGGAGAGGAAGAGGGCACGUCAGAAGGAGCGAGAACAGCGGGAGAAACUGGUGUCCAAGUUGAACCCAGGGCUAGGGAACAAAUACAGCAAGGAAAAGGCUCUUCGUGACCUGGAGAAGAUGGGCAAGUCUGACAGCUCCGUGACAGUCAUGAAGAGUGAUUCAAGUAAGACAAGCCUGACGUCUUCGUCUGCUUUCUUCACCAAGCUACAAGAUGAGGUAGCAUCUCACAUCAAACAGAGGCAGGAUGACAAGAAAAGGGGAAAGAAGAAAACAUCAUCAGUGAAAUUAAAAUUGUAGAUAUGGAAAUAAAACAUUAGAAAUGUU